UAUCUUUGUAAGGUCACAAGACCCACUUUGUUUAUUUAGUUUCUAAACGCAGAGGGAGAAGAGAGAGAGAAAUGAGAGGCUUUGUGCCAGAUAAACUGAUAGAAAACUUCCCAACCUCUCUUCUUUAACUUUACUAGUCUCUACGUUUUUCUCUUCCUUUUGCGGUGCAGCCUCCAACUGAAAGUCCUCUAUAAUAUAUAUCCUCAAUUAUUCUAGCUCUUGGAGAGAAGUCUUAUCUCACGCCAAUCUCUCGUUUCCCACUAUGAGGAAUGAGGAUAAUUACUUAGACCUCAACAAUCUGCCAGUUGAUUCUUCUAGAGAUGGCAAUAAGCAAACCCUGGAGGAAGGUUCUUCGUCUGGUCAAAGAAAGAAGAAAUGUAGUAAAGAAGCGAAAGAUGAGAGCGGGAAGGUGUACGAAUGUCGAUUUUGUUCACUGAAGUUCUGCAAAUCCCAAGCUCUUGGUGGCCACAUGAAUCGCCACCGACAAGAGAGGGAGACGGAGACAUUGAAUCAAGCCCGUCAAUUGGUCUACCGUAACGAUACAUUAACCCCACCAGGAAUUACACCUUUCGGAUAUCAAACCGCAGAUCCAACAAUAUAUCGGUCGGUUUACUCAUCACCGAUGCUAUAUACCGGAAGCUCCUCAACAAACUUGGUUCCCCAACCGCUUCAACCACCAUAUCCAUACUCUUCAAACCAAUACUCGCCCUACAACAACAUCAAUGAUUACUACUUCAGCCAAUCCUUUCGAGGCAAUAGAAGCAUCUCUCCAAACCCUAAUCUUCCCACAACAACAACCGUUAAUUACAUGGCUGGUGGUCCUGUGGAAUCAAGCUACACUUGCGUCGGUGAACCCAUUGAUCAGACCGGUUUUCCUAACCGUGGCUCCGCCAUAGUCCGUGCGCCGCCGCUGGAACCGCCACAAGUUCGUGAUGGUGACGUUUCACGGCAGCGUUUGGAUCACUCUCUUCGGUUGCCUAUUAACCGGUUUCAAGAUCAUCACUCGCUCUGAGUUUUAUCAUAUUCCCUCUGCUUCUUUUUAUUUAUUUUCUUCUUUUAGGGUAUUUUCUUGUUCUCUUCUUUUGUUUAAGUCGUCGAGAAAGUAGGGUCUCGAAUUGUCUAAACGCCACGGAUCCUACAUGUGUUGUCAGCCAAUUGCCCGCUUGUUGUUGUUCUUUUUCGUUCUAUUUUAGUUGAAAUAAAGAUAUUAGCAUCUAAAUAA